CAAGCACGCACGGCACGACGAGAAACGCAAAUCACUCAACUCGACCUUCACGCGUGUAUAAUACACGACGUUGACGGCACCAACACAUUCGGAGUCUCGAGUGUGUGUGUGUGUGUGUGUGUGUGUGUGCCAUUCUUGGUCGGAAGGGGGGAAUGUACAGUAAGUGAUUGACUGUGAACAAACACCCGAACCCAUUUGGACUUGUACUUGGUAGUCACUCGAUCGAGAGAGAACUUUGGCAGUAGUCGUAGUCGUUCCCCCAUUCUUCCAACACCACCAUCGGCAUGACGACAAUAACAACAUCCGAUUGGAGUAUUGCACCCGGGAGUUUCCGAGACUAUCCUCCCUCUCCGGUACUGUGGUUGACGGGAGCCGUGGAUCUCUUUUGUUGGCCUCUCGGCUGUCUCGACUGGCGUGACACUCUCAACGUGGCCGUGCCCGCCGAUGCCGUUCCACCUCUACCUUCGUGGUUGUCCUACCAAGUACCCUACAUUUACCACCAUUUGCCACCCAUGUUGAGUUAUCGAGACUUUCUCGCAACGACACCAACCACAACCGCACCAACGCAACCCCACCACCAGCAACAUCAGAUCAUCCGCACCGUACACCUGCUCUACACCUACGCCUUUCGGACAACCUCCACGGCACUCGCCAAUCUCGCCACACCCGAAGCCUGGCUCGUAUUGUUCGCACUGGUACUCCUACUCCGCAUGAUCAAAUCCGUACUCAUGCCCCGCUUUCGACAACUGGGGGUCAAGGCUGGCCGACAAACACACGGCGAAGCAUGGUUGCAACACAAUCAGGAACGUAUCCACAAGUUCGGCGAGUACGUCUUUCGAUUGCUCUACCACAGCGUCAUUUCGGUAUACGGCGUCUGGUACUUUCACGACAAGCCCUGGUGGCAGAUAUUCGACGGUUACGCCGCCACCAAGAAGGCUACUUUGACCCUCUUUCUCGGAUUCCCCCACCAACCCGUGGACCCGGGCAUGACCUGGUAUUAUCUACUCCAGGCAGCCUACAAUAUCGAUGCCCUCGUCACACUCCUAGAAAUAUCAUUCACCGUGCGUCUUCGUCACGUCUAUUCUCGCCACUCGGACGGGAACGGGCGGUGGCAGUCGCCCGUCGUUGUGGCCUGGAGUCCGUCGGUUCGUGGUGAUUUUCGCGAAAUGUUCAUCCAUCACGUCAUUACCAAUUUACUCGUGAUCGGUUCCAGUAUGUGUCGAUUGACCCGCGCGGGCAGUAUGAUCUUCAUGGUCCACGACCUUUCCGACGUGCCCGUGGAUCUCUCCAAACUCGCCAACUUUUUGAAGAAAAAGUGGACCACGCUCACCUGUUUUGUCGCCAUGGUGCUGGUUUGGUUGGCCACGCGAUUGUGCAUUUUGCCCUUUGUCAUCUACGCCGCCAUGUGGACGCAAUCGCAGUACGUCACGCAAGGUAUACCGGUACUCUUGUUCCUCUACUAUCGCGACAUCUUUCUGAUCCUGGUCGGCUUAUUGAUCGGGCUACACAUUACUUGGUUCGGAAUGUUUCUGCAAAUUUUUGGCACAUUUUUACGCAAGAACGAAUGCCACGACUUGUCCGAACACAAGUCGGGAGAAGAACAGCAGAAGAGUGCGGCGCCAGCUUUUUCGGUCGGGGCCGGUAGAGAGAACCCUGCCAAGUCGAGUAGCGCGGACAACGACCAACGGAGGCCGACUGUCCGGUACGACGAGAAAAAGGAAGAUUAACGAAUAUUCCAAUGGGACGGCAACUUAGAAGUAGGCAGCGUUACCAAUU